AAGAAACCCGUUUCUGUCUGAUUCGGUUUUGAGUCUUCAUUUACUCCAAAGAAACCACCUCCCGCCGCCGGAAAAACCGCAGUCUCACCACCACCACUACCGUAGGGUUUUGUCAUGUCGACGGAACAAGAACGUCUUCCCUCGGUGUCCUCCGACGCUUCUGAUGACUCUAAGGCGUCGAGGGUUGAGGCCAAAAUGUCUGAUCUCCCAGCUCAGGAGCUGGAUGGAGACGAGCAAAAAAUGACUAAGGAAAGUGAGAAGAAGGAAGUCUCAGUUAAUUGCAAAGAGGCGAAUGGUGAAAAAGAUUCUGGUGGGAUACAAACGAAGCUUCUGGUUGACAAGGAGGGUUCUGAUGGCUCAGGAACAAAAGCUGAGAGCUUGAUUGAUAUGGACUCUGUCAUUGCUUUAGAGCCAUAUGAGAGCAAGAACGAGAGUCCUUUGGACAAUAAUGGCAAUGCCCCUGUAAGGUCGAAAGUGAAGUUCCUCUCUGACUCAGAUUUGGUUUGGGCCAAAGUAAGGAGCCAUCCCUGGUGGCCUGGACAAGUGUUCGACGCCUCUGCUUCCUCAGACAAGGCCAAGAAGCACUUCAAGAAAGGAAGCUUUUUGGUGACGUACUUCGGAGACUGCUCCUUCGCUUGGAACGACGCGACAAAGAUAAAGCCUUUCCGACAGCAUUUCUCACAAUUGGCGAAGCAGAGCAGCCUUCCUGAUUUUGUAGAUGCGGUUGGGUUUGCUUUGGAAGAGGUGUCGAGAAGGAUAGAGUUCGGUUUGGCUUGUUCUUGUGUAGGGAAGGAAGUCUUUGAGAGGGUCAAGACUCAGAAGGUAAUCAACCCUGGAGUCAGAGAAGAGUCAAGUAGGGUACAAGGUGGAGACAAGGUCUCAAGUGCUGUCUUCUUUGAACCUGGAAGCCUUGUGGAGUAUGUGAAGGGCUUAGCAUGUUAUCCAAGGUAUGAUGCUUCUGAUGAGCUGAUGUUUGUGAGUCAGAGAGCUAGGCUACUCGCUUUUAGUCGCUGGAAAGGCUUUAUUGAACUUCCUGAGUUUGAGACUCUUCUAGGAUCAGUGGAGUCUGCACCCAAGAUGAAAGUGUCAGCUCCUGAACCGAAAAAGAGUACUAAAAGGAGAAAGACAGAAGACAAAGAUGACUGUGAACGUGAUGGAGUCUUUGAGUAUGAGGACACUACUGUUCUGAAGAAGAAGAAGAAGAAGAAGAAGGAGAAGACUUUGGCGGAGUUCAUUGCUGAGAUACGCUUAAGCAAGAGUAAUGGGAAGAGAUCACAUGGUGAAAAGAAACGCAAGGUUGUGGAUACGAAACCGACAAAGUCUGCUAAAAAUAUGAAGACCAACCUGCAGAAAGAAGAUUCAGGAUCUCCAGUGUCUCCCACGAAUGAUCAGAAGGUUACACCUAAGAAAGCUAAAACAAGUUUUGGAAUUGGGGCGAGCAUAUUGAGAGUAGCAAACCAGAUGCAUUGUUCAACAACACCUACUGGACUCGUACCCUGCAGCAAGAACAAUGGCAGUGGAGAGCCUUCUCCUAGUGAAAUGCUUUCAAGCCGCCACUCUGCUUCUGCUACCAAAGCCUCAAGUGGGAAACCCAAUCACAUCAGCAAAGACAAGCUGCAAUCAGGAGAGCUUGAACAUGUCGUAAAGGAGACAGCUAGUACUAACAUUGUGGAAGACUCGGUGGUGUUGGAGUCGAGGGACUUGAAAGAUGAUGAACAGAUGGUAAAUGAGGAGGAUAGGAAAGAAGCUGAGAACAUUGUGGGUGAGACGACUGUUGUGGACAGCAGCAAUCUAACUGAGCAGCUUGUCAACAAGAACUGAUCUGAUGGAAGGAAGAUUCAGCUGUACCGCCUAAUGCACUAAUCAAGAACAAGACUUCGGUUAUAGACACUCUUGUAGACAACUUUUGUUUUCUUUCUAAGUUCAGGUUUGUUUUUGACUAUAUUUGAGUAAAGCAAAACCUUUGAGGGAGAAAAAGGUUACAAACUUA